AAAAAAAUCAAAAGGAAGCAAAGAAAUAAAAACCUAUACAUUAUCCUCUCGAAGCAAAAACCAAGUAACUCUCUCACUUUUUUUCACGGUGUUGAGCAAUGGCGUCGACGAUGUCUCUGGUUGGUCAGAUAUCGAACCUACAAGGAGUAAAUGACUGGAGAAAGCCUUGCCCUUCAUCACUCUCACUCUGUAACCUAACUUCAAGCUCAAAUUCAGUGGGUAUGCAGAUGUUUUCUCGGUGUGGUAGGGGAAAAUAUGGCCAUAAUCAUAGAUCUCUUCGUGUAUGUGGUCUAUUUGGAGGAAAAAAAGAAAACAAUGAGAAGAGUGAAGAUGCACCUUCAAAGGCAGGAAUUUUUGGAAACAUGCAGAAUCUUUAUGAGACAGUGAAGAAAGCACAAAUGGUUGUCCAAGUUGAGGCAGUGCGUGUGCAAAAAGAACUUGCUGCAGCUGAGUUUGAUGGUUAUUGUGAAGGUGAGCUAAUCAAGGUAACACUAUCUGGAAACCAGCAACCUGUUCGCACAGAGAUCACUGAGGCUGCAAUGGAAUUAGGACCAGAGAAACUUUCGCUUUUAGUUACUGAGGCAUACAAGGAUGCGCAUCAGAAGAGUGUCCAGGCCAUGAAGGAGAGGAUGAGUGAUCUUGCACAGAGCUUGGGAAUGCCUCCAGGCGCUGGUGAGGGUUUAAAGUAAUAAUUUUUUCAUCUCACUCUGGUAUCUGAGAUGCACUUCAAUUUUGUAUACGAUUACAAACCAAGGCAGGACUACUUGCUUGUACUAUGUCCUUGAAUCCAGAAAUGUUCAUUUCAAAUUGAAGUAGAGAUCUUUGGAAUUAGUGUGCAGCUAAUUUACCUGCACACGUUUUCCUAAAAUUGUAAAGGAUGUCUUUUCCUUCAUUCAGUUAGAUUUGUUGUAGAAA